AUGGACUUUGCUGGAGGAGAUGGUCUAGGAGGAGAGUGGAAAGAGGGUUAUGGUGUUGCCCCAAAUGUUCCAACUGGUGUCCCACCUGGUGCAACUUCCAUGCCAAUGCAAAUGAACAACCUUCCUGGGCCUCCUACAUUGCCACCUCCAACUUCUGGUGCUGCAACAGCCCCCACCUCGAGUGGUGCUGCCCCUCUGUUCAAUCCUGCUUUAUAUCAAGCCAAUCCAUCAUCAGCUACAACUGCAAGCUUCACACCUACUGGUGCACCCACUGCCCCGGCUACUGCUGCCUUGCAGGAUGGUUUUUCUUACGCUCCAUCCUCUGAGACCAGCCACUAG